UGCUUCCUCUGCCUUGUUUUUUCUCUAGACUAAUUACAGUUGAACAUGAUAAAAGAAAACCAUACUGCAUUUUCUGACUUCAUUCUCCUUGGAUACUCAGAGCUGUGGGAUCUGCAAGCUUUGGUCUUUGUUCUCUUCCUCACCCUCUAUGCGAGCAUCAUAAUAGGAAAUGGACUAAUCAUUCAUAUUACAGUGACUGACCCUCCCCUGCAUACUCCAAUGUAUUUCUUUUUGAAAAGCCUCUCUUUCCUGGACAUUUGCUAUACCUCAGUCACUCUCCCCCAAAUACUGACCAAUUUAGUAGUGGAAAAGACAAACAUUUCCUUCAUUGGCUGUGCUGUCCAGGUCUAUUUCCUGCUUUUAUUUGGAGGCAUAGAGUGUUUGCUCCUGGCUGCCAUGGCUUAUGAUCGCUAUGUGGCCAUAUGCAACCCCUUGCGUUAUAAACUCAUUAUGAACAGGCAAUUCUGCCAAGGACUUAUCUUUCUAUCUUCAGGUAUAAACAUGACCUUCCACAUAGGGCAAAUAUAUCUGGUAUUCAAUCUGCCUUUUUGUGGAUCCCAUGAAAUUAACAGCUUGUUCUGUGAUAUCCCCCCACUGUUAGAGUUGGCCUGUGCUGACACCUACGUUAAUAAAAUUACUGUGUUAGCAGCUGGUGUCCUUUUUAUCGUCAUUCCUUUUUUUCUUAUUGUUGCUUCUUACGUGAAAAUCCUUUCAGUUAUUCUAAAGAUCCCUUCAGUGGAAGGUCAGAAGAAAAUAUUUUCCACUUGCUCUGCCCAUCUUAUUGUGGUAUCUCUCUUCUAUGGCUCUGCAACUAUUGUCUACCUAAGUCCCAAAACUAAGGAAUCAGUGAAUAUUAACAAACUCCUUUCAUUAUUCUAUACUGUUUUUGUUCCUGUAUUAAACCCCAUUAUAUAUAGCCUGAGAAACAGAGAAGUGAAAGUAUCACUGAAAAAACUGUUUAAAAGACAAAUGUGA